AUGACGGUCUACGUGCCGGAAAAAGACGAGUCGUUCGACAUUCUGGAAAUCAUUGAAAAACCGGUGUUCCUCGAUUUCCACCGACAGACGCUCAAUCUGUAUUGCAAGCUGGCAAGUCACGGCAAUCAAAAGGUAGCGCACAUUUUAUGUUCACAUGUGGACGAAGACCAGAUCAUGUACGCCGUGAAAAGCCAUUAUUUGUCCGGGCCUAUGCGUCAAGGAUUCCACGACCUGCUCAUUGCACUUCAUCUCCAGACUCAUGCCAGUGCACGUCUUUCGAUGAGCAGAGAAUAUGUUAUCCCACUAUGCGAACAGCUACAAAAUCAGAAUGUGUUCGAUCCGGACACGGAGACUCGGUAUCCUCAAAUUAUGGGUGAUGUCUACUCCAUGCUACCUGUUAUGGUCGCAGAGCCAGUGAAAUCACAAGUUCCAGUAGCAGACGAAACGAAUUUCAGAUUCACACGGGAUGAAGAAAUGAAGCUUUUACCACCUGCUAUCAAUUUCGAUGCACUCAAAGCUCAUGUGAUGAGCGCUAUGGAAAGCGCUACGCGACAUGCUGUGAUGAACUGUCGCGACUUGAUCGGUGGCGAUAACAGAAGUCACUUCGAGCCCCUGAUGAAACUGUUUGACUGCUUGCUGGUCAUUGGUUUGUUCGAUGACACCGAACUGGAAGCCCUUCUGCAGAUGAUUCAUCCGGCAGCCUUUGACCCCAACUAUGAGCCUGGUACUACCAAAAAAGGUCUGACAGAAAUCGAACUCGAAGAGCAUGUGAAGAUUCAACUAGUGAACAUCCUUGACCAUCUAUGUGACACACAGCUUCGACAUCGUAUCGAGUCGCUUAUUGGAUUUACCGAUGGAUUUGUUGGUGAUCUCCAACAAGACCAAUGCAAAAGAUACAUGGAUAUCAAGCAAACUGACAUGCCACCGGCGGAAGCUGCAAAGAAAACGAAGGAGUUCCGUUGCCCGCCCAAAGAACAAAUGUUUAGACUUCUCAAGUGCAAAGUGGAAAAAGAGGAAAAAGAAGUGCUGCUUGAAGAUGAAGUCGAGUACGAUCAGUGUCCCAUGGCUGAACAUCUCCAAGAACAGCUGAGAGACUACUGCGCGUUACUUGUGGAAAGAAUCGGAAACUCUGACGAAGCGACUGAAGAGGAACGUCAAAGCCUCAUUGAGACCGAUGAGGGCUCAUGGGUAAGGAGUUAG